AUGAAACUCUCAAGAGUGUUGUAUGCUCAACAUAUUGGUUUUAUGUUCAAAAAACACUGGUUGAUUCAAGGCAAACGUGUACCAAUCGAUACAGGAGUAGAACAAUAUCUGAAAGAUAAAGGAAUCAAAGUUGAAGAUGCCCUAGAUUUUAUUAAGGAGCCGGAAGUUCAUGAAAGAGUUCAUAUAGUAGGUCCAUUUGAACGAGCUCUACCACUAGAUGAAAAUCAUCCAAACUUUAAGGAAAGACCAUGCUAUACUCUUACAAAUAUGAAUGUUCUCUUAGAGGGAAUAUCUCAAGCUCAAGUGCUUACUAAAACUGUAAUUGCGGAAGACAAAUUGCCUCCAAGAAUAGAAGAGCUAGCUCAAUUACCUGCACCAAAGGCUGUUCAUGAAGGUGUUAAGAAAGCCAUUUUAAGUGCCAAUGUAUUUGAUUGUGAACAGAAAAAAUUACCUAAAAUUAAAGAUCCAGAGAGACCAGCUUACAAUUUUACAAGAAUUUUAGGCAUAACAGAUAGACGGAGAAAUCAAAUAUUAACAAAUAAGUUAAUGCAGUUAAUUGAAAAAAGCAGUGAUGUUGAUGUUACACAAAGUAAAUAUGUCUUGAAUGAUAUUGAGUGUCGUACAGUGUUUGAUAAAGAAAAUGAAUUGAUUCAAUUUAAAGAUGUCUCUAACAUUUUGGUGACUACCAACAAACCUUUGAAACAUGAAAUCGAAGAUAGAGAUAUACCAUUUAUUGAAAUACCAGACUUGUAUCCCAUAAAGCACACUGUUACUUUACCAAAACAACACUUUUAUGAUGAAGUUAGUAAAUACCCAAUUCCAUCAAAUAUGUUAUUGAAACAUCCACACACAACUUGGUUACACUACAACGCAACAGAAGUCAAGAAUUUGUAUGAGGAACCUGUGACACCAAUACAAGUGCUCGGACGAUCGCUAACACACACUUUUGCUAUUGCAUCGUCAUUUGCAAAGCAGUUAUAUGGAGAGGACAUUAAAGAUUUGCCCGAGCCGGUGUACGUCAACUGUAUUCAAACCGACGGCCAGCGCUACCACUUUGGCGUAUUGGAACUUAACACUUUAAACGUCGACGGGACGGAUGGGACUAAAAAUGUCUGGUUUUGCAAAAACGAUGUCAAAUUAUAUGACUCCAGUAGAUAUCUCGGGGCGAUGCCGGCGUUAGAGAACUAUAAUCCUGCCGUAUACGGUUACAUUAAUGCAUUUUACAAUUGUUAA